CCCGCCCCUUAUUGCGCGCACCGGGCCUGGUGGCCGCUCCGAGUCGGAGCGGAUCGGCGAUCCAGCAGAGCCCCGGCCCCGGCCCCGGCACCCUCUCCCCGGGGCGCAAAAGAAACCCCUUUCUGUGCCGUCCCCUCUCCACGAGCCCCCGAGGCGGCACCGAGCAGGGGCUUUGAAGGAGCCCUAGCCCCAGCCAGGGCGCCGGGCACGCGCGAGCUUCUCCCGGAGGAGGGGGCGCGAGGGUAAAGGCUCACCGAUGGCUCAGCUGGGAGCGGUGGUGGCGGUGGCUUCCAGUUUCCUUUGUGCUUCUCUCUUCUCAGCCGUGCACAAGAUAGAAGAGGGUCAUAUUGGGGUGUAUUACAGAGGCGGUGCCCUCCUGACUUCCACCAGCGGCCCUGGUUUCCAUCUCAUGCUCCCUUUCAUCACCUCCUAUAAGUCUGUGCAGACCACACUGCAGACAGAUGAAGUGAAGAACGUACCCUGUGGGACCAGUGGCGGUGUGAUGAUCUACUUUGACAGAAUUGAAGUGGUGAACUUCCUGGUCCCGAAUGCAGUGUAUGAUAUAGUGAAGAACUAUACUGCCGACUACGACAAAGCCCUCAUCUUCAACAAGAUCCACCACGAGCUGAACCAGUUCUGCAGUGUGCAUACGCUUCAAGAGGUCUACAUCGAGCUGUUCGAUCAGAUCGAUGAAAAUCUCAAACUGGCCUUGCAGCAGGACCUGACCUCCAUGGCCCCCGGGCUUGUCAUCCAGGCUGUGCGGGUGACAAAGCCCAACAUUCCCGAGGCCAUCCGCAGAAACUACGAGCUGAUGGAGAGCGAGAAGACAAAGCUGCUCAUUGCGGCCCAGAAACAGAAGGUGGUGGAGAAGGAAGCCGAGACGGAGCGUAAAAAGGCCCUCAUUGAGGCAGAAAAAGUGGCUCAGGUGGCAGAAAUCACCUAUGGGCAGAAGGUGAUGGAGAAGGAGACUGAGAAGCGGAUUUCAGAAAUCGAAGACGCUGCGUUCCUGGCCCGGGAGAAGGCAAAGGCCGACGCCGAGUGCUACACUGCCCUGAAAAUAGCCGAAGCAAACAAGCUGAAGCUGACGCCUGAGUAUCUGCAGCUGAUGAAGUACAAGGCCAUCGCGUCCAACAGCAAGAUUUACUUUGGCAAAGACAUCCCGAACAUGUUCGUGGACUCGGCGGGCAGCCUGAGCAAGCAGUUUGAGGGGCUCGCCGACAAGCUGAGCUUUAGCCUGGAAGAUGAGCCCCUGGAGACAGCCACGAAGGAGAACUGAAGGCAGCUUUUUGUACAACCCCAGAGGACACUUUCAAGAGAUCUUUAUUUUUGAAGACGAAACAGAAUGCUCCUCCCUCUCACACUACCUUCUCUGACUCUCUUCCAGUUACUGCCUGAAAAAGAAGCAGUGGACCGAAACGUACCCCUUCCUGCAAGGGGCGGGGGCGGGGGUGGGGGUUGGGAGUUUUAUUCAGGUAAGUAGGUGACAUGACUUCUGAUAAGGUUUGUAAACCAUAGGUUUGGUCUCUGUCCCUUUGAAGCUGGCUGAAUCAGGGAGGCCGCCAUUAAGGAGUGGGCGAAACAUUGGGGGGCUGCCUCCGGGUGAUUUGCUUUCCCUUACCCGGCAGCAUGCAGAGCGUGGGAGACAUUGGCAGUGAAGGUCCCCACCAGGCACACGUGUGCUGAAUAUAUUUGCCAGUGGGGCCAUGGGGCCGUGGAGCCGUGACCGAGGGGACACGUGUCAGUGCACCUGUGAAUCGCCUUCCGGGCGCACUUUGCUGAGCCCUCCCAAGGGAGAACUGGUGCUAGGUCUUGCCAGAUUUUUUGUAUCCUCUGCUCCUUGCUGCAGGGCUCAGAGAGUGGUGGUGUCUGACUACACUUCCAGAGUCAGAGCUUGGUCCCCACCGCACGGUUCUUUUCGAAACUUUUCACCUGUUGUGGGAUCUGGUUUUUCUCAGUCUGUCUGUCGGUUCCACUCAGCAUCAAGAUGACAGGACCUGGCUGCUGAAGUGGGAUCGUGCUCUCUGUGAGCCGCCGUAGCACCUGUGUGGCAGAUGCUGCCUGUGCCCUGAUCCAGUCUCUGUUGUCAUGGAGAUUGUCCCUCUGAAAAGCUUUGACACUUGGCUGUGAGGAGGAAGGAUCAGCGGAGCACCUCUGGCCGGUGCUGGGAGUUGGUCUGACAUCUUGGUAAAAGGGAGCCUCUUCUCUCAGUAGCAGGUGUUUCUGAACUCAGGGUUCCGGACAGCCACACACAGGUCAGACUGAGUGUUACAUCACCAGGGACAGUUGUGUGGCCGCAAGUCAGAGUUCACACCCGAGUCCCACGUCCCAUGGUUGGAAUUGUCCAUGUCAAAAUCCAUCCAGUGGUUUUUGUUUUCAUUACCAGUUGGGAGAAAUUGUCCCUCUGGGAGAUUGAGGAUGGGGAGAGCAAAUAUGAAAGAAAGGUUUUUCUUAUAUUCUAAAAUUGGGGCUCAUGGGGGAAGUGGGGGUGACUCUGACUUGUACAGUCCGCGAGUUGUUAAAGCAGUGCUCUGGAGUGAACUUGCAAGCCUGUCAUACCCUCUGUGACCAGCUUGGGUGUCGGAUUCGGUCUAACUAGCUGCCCCAAGAAAACCCCCUGUCGCCAGCCCUCUUCCCCAGGUGAAUACUAUGAAUGGUACUUUUCUGGCUCUGAUCCGCCUCAUUUUCAGUUCUGUGCCCACAUUUCUGGCUUACAAGAUGGCCUCAGAACUCAGGCCAGCUUGCUCCUGAGUCGCACCAGGUUUGUCAGAUCGUUGGGCGUCCUUGGGCCUGUCUAGAAAGAUCCAGGGUGUUAACUGCCUUCCUUCAGCCUUGCCCUCCCCUGCUGUAGCUGCCGUGACUUAGAAUUCUCACACCGCAGGUCCUGGUCACAUGUGGUGCAGCCAGCAAAGCGUCCCUGGGAGUGGCGGGGCUUAUGUGCUCCAAAGUCCCUGCAGAAGGUAGCCAUCAGGGAAACGCGCCCUUCCCGUGUCAGUGCUGUCGAUCUCAUGUUACAAGGAACAUGACAGGGUGGCCCCCGCCCCCCACACACGUGUCUCUUCCUUGUAGUCUGCGCUCUUGCUGCCCCGCCUCAGAAAAGACUACUUUUCUGUAGUGUGGGACCUGAGCAGGGAGCGCUCCGUGCUCUGCGCAGGCUCUUAGCUUCAAAGGCUCGCUGGUACCGGGAGCCAGUGGCACAGAAGGCCUGCUGCAGCGGCCCCUCCCCUCAGGCCAGCGUCACCGCCUCUUGAAACAGACCAUCAAAAUGUUGUCGUAGCCAUCAGCCUAGAUCCGGUGGUGGCCAGUAGUGUCAGAACAGGAAAAUCGUGGACGCCAGCUCUUUCUAAGCAUGGGACAACGAACCUGUCUGUGCGUGUGUGGCUUUGUUUUUUACCAUUGCUAGAAAAUCUGCUCUUAGAACGUUUGAAUUCUAAACGUGUGAAAUGUGAUAGCCUGCAGUUUUGUAGGCAGUGCUGCUAUUUACCAGUAGAACUUCUAGCAAAUGAAGUACCUGUCGAUAAAAUGCAAUUUUUCUGGGAAGGAAAAGUCAACUUUGGCCGAAUGUUUGUUACUCAUUAAACUUUGCAGAACUGAAUCAUUUUCAGUACUGUUUUUAAUCGCUCUUUAAAAGAUCCCGUCAGAAUGUUUGCAAAGGAAGCCAAAGUUUGUUAACACUUUUUCUACAACUAAAAUAAAAUAGAUCUGGGAGGAUCUGUGAUCAUAUUAAAUUGGGGAGGGGAGAAUCUUAGCAAAAUGUUGACCCAAAGAAAGGAGAUGUUUUAUCAAUGGUCUGUUAGCAGUUUGUGUGGGUCUGUCUUCCAUUGAAAGGGAGUAAGUUGUGAGAGUAAGAUGGUCAUAGUUGCUGGCUCUGGCUGUCUGCGUUUGGGUGAGGGUGAGUUGUAUCUUAGCUGGUGGUUCCUGUGUUGCUGUGAAUUAACUCGUUUUUAGUUCUAGGCCAGAGGGUUCUAGCCACUGUUUCUGUUGUUUCCUCACAGAGAGAGGUAACAGCCAAUCAUUUUGUUUGCAUGUCCAGUCCUGUUUGUGUAGGCUAAGAGCCCUCUGUUGGGGGCCAGGGCGUGGUGUCCCUCUUUGUAACUGAGGAGCCAUUCUUAUUAUACUAAUCAUUCUGUAAAUGAUGCUGCGGGAUCCCUUGCCUUGGGUUGAUGUUGGAGAGAUCAUUUGGACAACACUGAAGGUCUUGUGUGAAUUGAUGUCUUAGCUUUGUUUUUCAGUCCGCUAAAUAAAUUGUGUCUUUGUA